AUGGGUGAAGGGGAUCUGCGACGUCGAACGGGUGAAGGGGAUCUGCGACGUCGAACGGGUGAAGGGGAUCUGCGGCGUCGAAUGGGUGAAGGGGAUCUGCGGCGUCGAACAGGUGAAGGGGAUCUAUCAUGCAAGGGUGAAGGUGACCUGCGCCGAAAGGGAGAGCGCAAUCUACGUCGUAGGGGGGAUGGUGACCUGCGUCUUGAAGGAGAUCUAGACUUAUGUCUGGCGUAUGAUGAUCUCCUCCGAGGUGGGGAGAGAGGAUCUCUGGGUGAAUGCCUUCGACGAGGAGUAAUUGAGCGCCUUCUGGGUGAGCGAUAUGCUCUAUCAGAAGAUAUGGAGCGCCGCCCUCGUGCUUCAGGUGAUCUAGAUGCACUUGAUUUCUGCCUGUCAUUGAGGUAUGCAUAA